GAUAUUUGAAAGCGAAAAUGAUGUUUCUUGUAUCCUUAAUGUUGGGUUUGGUCUGUGUAGAAGGUAUGAGAGAACUGUUGAUUGACGGAAGUUGUACAUUUGAAGGAAAAACAUACAAUAAUAACGAGGUUAUAGAUACCAACCCCUGUCGACCAUUACAAUGUAUCAAUGGUCAGGUACCAAUUCUCAUCAUAGAUUGUGUUAGUGCGCCGUGUGUAGACUACGAAGUACGAUCAGGUGACUGUUGUGCAACUUGUCCUAAUGGACCAAAUUGUCGUCUUCCUGAUGGAACAUUACUGCCAGGAGAUGAAACAAGAACCUUGGACGAUGGACGUAAUUGUUUCUGUUUGCGUUCUUAUAGCUUUGGAAUCGGACCUAGAAACCCCGAUGCCUUGUGUAUCAACAGACCUGCUCCAAGAGAAUAAAACGCAUAUGUAUACUAUAUACUCUGUAUAACCAUUCCUUAUCAUGUAAAGGGACAUAUUCGCCAUUUUCGUGGGUUGAUUUGGGGGUACCAAAGUUCGUCAUGUUGUAACUCAGCUGUUAGUUAAUUUAUCUCUUUAAAACUUCUCAGAUAUACUUCAAUAUGUCGUUUACCAACCCUGAAAAUAUGCAACUUGUCGAAUAAAAAUUGUACACAUAAUUAGAAACAAAAUAGCAUGUCAAAAUGAAAUAUCAACAUACCUAUUUCAAUCUGUGUCCAAUGUGUCAUCUUCUUUGACCACCGUUCGCAACUAAUAAUCAAGUGGAUUAUGCCAUUUUGCGAUUGGUGUACCGAGCUUAGUGGGACAAAUUGUCUGAACAGAAACUGAAAGGUAGGAUAGUCGCCUCUUGGUAGCAGAUCCGUCACAGCAUCCCGGGCUGGAAAAAACGUGCGAUUGGUGAACAUUGAAAACAGGUUGAAAUAGGUUGCCUUGAUAUUGUAUUUUUUGAAAUGCUAUAUUGUUCGGGAUAGUACUUGUACAAUUUAUAUAGAUAUUUAUCGUCGAACUUUGGGGCGUUUAACCCCGAUAUAUCAAUAGUCUAUAUUAUAUUCUAUAGGAAUGUACAAAAUACAUAAUGCUAUUU